AUGGCCAAGAAGGCGCUUGCUGCUGCAGCGAAGAAGAAAACUAUAGCGGCGACGCGUGCCGCAACGGCCCCGGUAGCCAAGUCACUGAGUAAGGGGAAGGGAACUCCCGUCGCGACCGCCGUGAGGAAGGCUACCGGGGAGCGCGGUGCUGCGGCCAGGGCUGCGCGAGAGGAACCGGUGAUUGCAGCGGAAGAAAAUGCGGACUCGGACUUCGACUACGGCGGCGCACGGGGUGGCGAAAACGACACCGGCGAUGAGGAGAACAUCGAGUUUGACGAUGUUGUGAACAGCGACGAGGAAGACGAAGAGAACUUUGAGGGCGAUAUCCAAGACGACGAUGACUUCGAGGUCAAGGCUGAGAAGUACCGCCGCCGUAUGCUGGCGCAGCGCCAACUUGCCGAUGCGGAGCAGCAGGAGGAUAUUGUGACUCGCACCGCGAAGUCGACGCCUCUGCACGAUCGAGAGCAGCGGGAUGAUGAGGCGGAGCAGGCGGAGGGCAACACCGCAGUCGUUCAGCUGCUUGGCAAGACUCACACUGCAGAGGAACUGCGCGACCGAAUUCAAGAGACCGUCCGUGUGCUGUCCAACUUCAAGGAAGAGCGUGAGGAAGACCGCCACCGUGCUGAGUACCUCGAGUUGCUGCGCGCGGACCUUCUUGAGCUGUACGAGUACAACGAGCUCCUGAUGGACUCGGUCCUGCGGCUGUUCCCCCCUGCCGAGGCGGUUGACUUUUUGGAGGCGAUGGAGAAGACGCGACCGACCACCAUCCGAGUCAACACUCUCAAAGCGAAGCGCCGCGACCUGGUCCAGGCGCUUGUGAAGCGCGGCAUGAAUGUGGAGCCGCUGGAAAAGUGGUCGAAGGUUGGCCUGCAGGUGUUUGAGUCGAACGUCCCCAUCGCGGGUACGAUCGAGUACCUCGCGGGCCAGUAUAUGCUGCAGGCCGCGGCGUCCUUCCUGCCGGUCAUGGCCCUCGCCCCACAGGAGCAUGAGCGUGUUCUCGACAUGUCCGCCGCACCAGGAGGGAAGACGACUUACAUUGCACAGCUCAUGAAGAACACUGGCGUCCUCUUCGCCAACGAUGUGAGUGAGCCACGGUGCAAGUCGCUCAACUCGAACCUCCAGCGCCUUGGCGUCACGAACUGCAUCGUAACAAACUACGACGGCACCGGCUACGAGAGGGUGAUGCGCAACUUCGACCGCGUCCUGCUCGAUGCCCCCUGCUCCGGCACGGGCAUCAUCUCUCGUGACAAGAGCAUCAAGAUGGGGAAACAGUACGAGGACAUUCAGCGUGCCUCACAGCUGCAGCGCGCGCUACUGCUGAGUGCCAUCGACGCCUGCCGGGUUGCUGGCUACGUCGUCUACUCGACCUGUUCCUUCCUCGUGGAGGAAGACGAGGCCAUUGUGGACUUUGCGUUGAAGCGGCGCGAUGUGCAGGUGGUAGAAAUGGGACUACCGUUUGGUCGCCCUGGCUUCACCAAGUACCGCCACCACCGCUACCACGAUAGCCUCGAGCUCUCCCGCCGCUACUUCCCCCACGUGCACAACAUGGACGGCUUUUUCGUGUGCAAGCUGAAGAAGCUGUCGGACCGCACCACGAAGCAGCCGGACGCGACAAACGAGAAGUCAUCCAGGGCGGGGAGCACCUCCGGUUCCUCGGCAAAGAAGCGUGGGCGCGCCAGCGACGAUGCUGCGGAGCUCCAGGUUGGCUCGAAGGGGCUGCGACUGGAGAACGGAAAAGGUGUUGUGGUCUCCGAAAAGACGCCUUCCAAGAACCACAGGCUCAGUGUUCCUCCCUCUCCCACUGCCAAAGCGGCUCGAAACGAGCGACGUACGAAGGGCAACCGCCCGCCACACAAAGCGCGUAAGUCGACGCCGUAG